AUGGCGGACGACAUUUCGACGUGGGACGCCGCGGGCGUCGUGGCGCGGGCCAAGGCGCUGAUCCACUCGAGCAAUGUGCGUGUCUUCUGCUUCCCCUCCGCCUUCGCUCUCUGGUCAUGCAACGCGCAGCAUCCAGCUCGCUCUUACGAGAAGGUGGCGGAUGCGCGCAAGGGCGUGGACGACACGCUGGCCCAGUGGGUGGCGGCCAUUCAAGCUCAGAGCGACCCCAUGACCGUCGCGAGGGGCAGCACGGCCGUCGUGGCGCUCUGGCGCCAGUACGCGGCCCUGGAGAUGGAGCUGCGCCAGUUCAAGCAGGCCACCAAGGUCUUUGAGCGGGCCGUGAACUGCCCCGUGGCCGGCUCGAGCACGGCCCUGUGGCUGCAAUACGCAGACUUCUGCGUGCAGAGGAAGAAGUUCUCGAACGCCCGCAAGAUCUUCGUGCGCGCGCUGCAGGCGCUGCCGGACACGGAGCAGGCCCAGGUCUGGGCUAGGUUCUACGGCUUUGUGUGCACCCACGUGGACAACAAGCUGUCCCUAGCCAUGCUGCAGCACCAGGUCAUGCCGGACAAGUUCCCGCAGCCAGGGACGACCCCUGCACCGAUGCCUGUUGCUGCAGUAUCGGCCCCUUCUGCUGCUGUUACUGCGCCCGCAGCUCCUGUUGUAGCAGCUUCUACUCCGGUGGCGGCGACCCCGAACACGAUCCCGAGUACGUUGCAGCCGCAGCAGCCAUGUGCUGCGAGCACCGGGCCGGGAGUUGUGUCUCUUGUGGACCCGGUUGUAGCUUUUAUUGACAAGACUGGCGAAGUUAACCCCGCACCGACGCCAACCCCGUCUCCUCUUGCCGUGGAGAGCGUGGGCCGCGCGGUGGAUCGUGUAGGCGCAGUGAAGCGGCCCUCAGACCCUCGACUUGCCGGCGAUGCUAAGCGCGUCAAGCAGGAUGUAGCCGUGCCUGACGCAACGGCUGCGCCUGCCGCUGCUGAGCCUACUGCGUACUUCUCGCACAUUCCGCAAACGCUUCCGUUUAUACCCAGUUGCCCGCACUUGCUGUUUGAUAGCGUGGCGGACGGUGAGGCUCAGAAGCAGAUUGGUAACGAGCUUCUGGAGAGGUUGUCUGAUGUCUUGGGCGACAGCGCCGUCUUUGAGGGCGUCCGCGAUCUUUGUGACAACCAACGCACCCGUGACCGUGAGAUGCUAUACCGCUGGCAAGAGCUCGUUGGCAUGCAAAUGAAGGAGGGCAGCGAAUUGUUCGCACGUCACGUGGCACUCGAGAUGCAGCACGGAUUCUCGGACCCUCGUGGACUUAUUGCGCUCAAGACGCAGCACUUGGAACAGCGCCGCGAGUUCUCGAGUCGCUGUCAGAUGUCCCAGCAGCAAUUUAUCGAGAUUUGUGCCAUGGACCGCGCCAACGCUCUGAAGGCUCAGCAGAUCUCGCUCGAGAACAUGAAGAUUCCGGAAAUGUUGGUGACUACGGACUCGGAAGUCGUCAGUUUGCAGCGUGCUAUUGUAGGUUUGAUCCUGGAAGCCGAGAAGCUGUGGCGUGAGGAGAAUCAGCGGUCAAAUGCUGCUGAAGCAUCCGCUGCUAGCAAGAAGGGCUCGCAAACAUCUUCUGCUUCCGCAGCACCUAACCGUCCUCCUAUGCGGCAGCGGCGCGACAGCCAAGAUUCCUCUACUUCCAGUCACUCUACUGCUCGUAGCUCUAGUGGCGGCGGUGGAGGUUUCCGUGGCAGCGGCAACGGUCAUGGCCGACAAGACCAGCGCGGAUCUCGCAACUGGGGCGGUAAUAACGGGAACAACCGCCGCCGUGGAGAUCGUGGCGACCCGCGUGGAGGGCGAGGCCGCUCGAACAAGUGGGACAUUCAGCCUCCGCAAGCCAGUCCUCCUGGUGCCGCUGCCGCUGCCCCUUCGCAACCGCAUUCACGUUACGAUUACCCUGGACAACAGGCUGCGCCUAGACUGCAAGAACAGCAGCAGAUGCCUAUGUAUGGUCGGGGGCCGCAACGGAUGCAGGCGCCUCCGCAGCAGCAGCAACCGCGCCAAUUCCAGCAGCAGCCACCGCCGCACGGUGCACCGAAUGCACCGCCCUAUGAUGAAUAUGGAGGCCGCCAAGGAUGGCCCUCGCGAUCGCUUCGUAGGACAAGGAGGCCCUUCUAG